GCUUCCUCUCCUCUCGCUGCCUUUCCUUCCUGCUCUCGGCUCCUGUGUUGAAAGACUGAACGGGACUUUCCUUUUCCUUUUUUUUUUUUACACAGAACCAACUCUCUCUGCCCGAAACGUCUCCAGCAACAUGACUUCUAAUUCUAACUUAUCCAACAUGAGACGGCUGGUGGAGCAACUGAAGCUGGAGGCCAGCGUGGAGAGGAUCAAGGUGUCUCAGGCGGCCGCGGAGCUGCAGCAGUUCUGUCUGCAGAACGCAGCCAAAGACGCUCUGCUGGUCGGGGUUCCCACCGGGAGCAACCCCUUCAGAGAACCACGGUCCUGCGCCGUGGUGUGAAGCUAAACCCAGUGUCUUUAUUUGCAGGAGAGGAACGAGUGGAGACUUGAAGAGGAUCAUUUAGUUUGUAAUCAUUUUUGAAAAAAACACUGAAUUGUUCAAAUAAAUGUCUGCUUUAAUCUCA